CGAACUGCUUGCACCGCCCAUCUCGUUCUGCCUGCUGACUCGCCUGCCCGCCGGCCCGCCAUGACAAUCUACAACAUAUACAUCUUCGAUCGAAAGUGCGCAUGCAUCUAUUUCUCGUCGUGGAAUGUAGACCCGGGGCUCAAGGGUGACAGCCAAGAGUAUGACGAGAUGCCGCUCAACCCCAGCAAAGCGAGAGGCACCCUCUCAGGCACACAGGAAAUCGCAUGGGACGAAGAGGUCAAGCUGGUGUAUGGCGUUAUCUUUUCGCUCCGGAACUUUGUCAGCAAGCUUAGCACAAAACAGCCCAAGGACUGCUUCACAUCGUACCGAACAAAGACCUACAAACUGCAUUUUUUCGAGGCGCCAAGUGGGCUCAAGAUCGUGAUGAGCACCGAUCCGAACAUGGACACUCAGCGCGAGGCACUGCAGCUGAUCUACUCAAACAUUUACGUGGAGUAUGUGGUCAAGAAUCCUCUGCAGGGACCGGGGCCGAUUCGAAAUGAUCUCUUCAAGCAGAAGCUGCACCAGUUUGUUCGGAGUCUGCCUGGAUUCUGAGAAGGGCGUCUGUUUGCGAAUACACGGCUGGUGCUGCGAUGCCGCCAAAGAGGCUCGCUUUGCGUAAGAAGCAGUCGCCACCAAAAGAGCCCAAGGAGGAUGCGGAAGCGUCGGUGCGCCGUCGAUCUGGCCACGAUGCCACGAUGCCACCAGAGACGGCCAAUCGCGAGAAUACGCUUCGCUGCAUCGCAGGACCAUGGAUGCAUGGGCGAGAUGGCCGAGAUGGCCGAGGAUCGCCAGGACGGGCUGGCGAACACGGCGUGGGCAUCUGGUCCCGGGGCUGCCUGUUUGGGGAUCGGCACAACCACUCCGAGCCGGCUUUGGUGCGCCGGACGGAUGCUGCCGGCGACGAUUCCUGCGCGUUCGGAUGUCGCUGCCGUUGCCACUGCGACCGCCUGUUCCAGCACCGCGGGCGAUGCCAGCCGACUGCUGCUGCUGCUGUUGCUCUGAUGCUGCUGCUGCUGCUGCUGCUGCUGCUGCU